AUGGACAAGUCGCUUUUGGCCGAUAUCCCGCUCGUCUUGUCCGUGUGGUAGUCUAACACGUUUAACAACAGUUGAUAUCUAUGUAAUGAUCAAUGAAUUUAAAUUUUAUUCUAUAUCUACAUGUAUUGAAUAUUAGAACACCGGAAAGAGUUACAGGAUUAUCCUAUAUACAUUUAUUUAUUUAUUUAUUUAGUGGCAUAUUGUCUGGAAUGAAAGCUGGUAAUUGAUUUUUCAGGGUAAGAUGGGGCAGAGAAAAUGCCUCGAGCCAAUGUCCGAGUACCAGGCGCUACGGCGCUGAAGUAACCCAUGCCAUACUCCCAGGAGAAGCUCGGGUUACCAUUAUCCUUUUAUAG